AUGUCUCCAAGUGCAGUCACACCUGCUAAUGGCAUCGGUAUCGCCAACUUACCAAACCAAAGACACAAGAUUGUCGCUAAACGCGGAACAAACUUCACACUCAUGGUUGUUGGCGAGUCUGGGCUUGGCAAGACAACUUUCAUCAAUACCCUCUUUACCACUACCAUCAAGGAAAAAAAGAACCAAGCUAAACGUCACGCAAAACAAACCGAUAAGACAGUAGAAAUUGAAAUAACAAAAGCGGAGUUAGAAGAGAAGAAGUUCAAUGUAAAAUUGACCGUUAUCGACACUCCUGGGUUCGGCGACUAUGUUAAUAAUCGUGAUAGCUGGCUACCGAUUGUCGAAUUUAUCGAUGAUCAGCAUGAGUCAUAUAUGCGCCAGGAGCAGCAACCACUUCGUAAAGAGAAAUUAGAUUUACGUGUUCACGCUUGUCUGUACUUUAUCCGUCCAACUGGGCAUACCCUUAAACCGUUAGACAUUGAGAUCAUGAAACGUUUAGGUUCUCGUGUCAAUCUCAUUCCGGUGAUCGCGAAAGCCGACACUCUUACACCAGCUGAUUUGGAGAAAUUUAAGAGACGCGUCAGAGAAGUGAUUGCCGCUCAAAGCAUUCAAGUUUAUCAAUGUCCAAUUGAAAGUGAUGACGAGACUAGCACCAAACGUAACAUGAACAUCAUGGCAGCAAUGCCAUUCGCGGUUAUUGGUAGCGACCAAGAUGUAGUUACCCCCGAUGGUCGCAAAGUUAAAGGUAGACAAUAUAGCUGGGGUGUGGCCGAAGUUGAGAAUGAAGAACAUUGUGAUUUCAAGAAACUUCGCAGUCUUGUAAUUAGGACACAUAUGUUGGAUCUUGUAUCUACCACCGAAGAGAUACAUUACGAAAACUAUCGUCAGUCCCAGAUGGAAACCAGAAAGUUUGGCGAAGCAAAACCAAAGAAACUCGAUAAUCCUAAAUUCAAGGAGGAGGAAGAGUCUCUUCGUAAACGAUUUACUGAACAAGUUAAAUUAGAAGAAAACCGUUUCCGACAAUGGGAGCAACAU